AUGGCUGCCUGCGAAGCUAACCCCAACGCAUCCAGAUCCCUCUUUCUCCAAGCUCCUCAACGCCAGUUCCCCUCGCAACACGUCCUCGUCUCCUGCGGCACCGUCCCCAUCGACCCCGUCUCGCGCAAAAUCGCCGUCCUGCGCGACAUCGCAGACAACACCGUCUGGCUCCCCAAAGGCCGCAAAGAAAUCGGCGAAGACCUUCUUGCCACGGCUCUGCGCGAGACGCGCGAGGAAACCGGGUUGCAGGUCGAGGCGCUCCCUCUCAAGGUAGCCACGCGAGCCACGCUUGAUCCCAAGCUUCAGGGGACCUUUCCUGUGGGCGAGAAUGCUGAUGUGACGGACGGCCUGGAGAAUUGUGAGGCGUCGUCGGUUUGUGUGUACCCGUGCGUCUUCACUGGUGCGCUGAAGAUUGUGUUCUGGUUUGCGGCAAGGGUUGAUGUAGAGGAUGUUCCUCGGGAUGUGGAGAGGGUGCCCUGGGAUGAGAAUAUGAGGCUGGAGUGGGUUGAGGCGAGGGAAGCAGCCGGGAUGAUGGCGUUUAAGGCGGACGGAGAGGUAGUUGAGAAGGUGUUGGAUGACAUGCAAAAGUCUGGGUACCACAUUUAA